UUUCCCAUCAUUAGCGUAGUCUUCCAGUGGCUCUCUCCUUGGCCGACUGAACCACUCUAAUUCAUUUGCUCCUUCUCUGUUUGUGUCAUUACAGAGAAAACUGUCAAUGUCGCUCAAGGAACAACAACAGGCCCAAGUAAUGAAAGAAGCAGUCGUGCUGUAUCCGUCACCGGCCAUCGGCCACCUCAUCUCCAUGGUGGAGCUCGGCAAGCUGCUCCUCACCUACCGCCCUUCCCUCUCCAUUCACAUCCUCAUCACCAACCAAGCUUACGACGCCGGCUCCACCACCGCCUACAUCACCUCUGUCUCCGCCACCGCCCCCUCCAUCGUCUUCCACUUCUUCCCUGCAACCACCCUUCCUCCAGAUUUCUCCACCACCUCCCCCCACCACGAGACCCUCGCCUUCGAGCUCCUCCGCCUCAACAACCCAAAUGUCCACCAUACCCUCACCUCUAUCUCAAAAAACCACAUAAUUCACGGCUUCAUCAUCGACUUCUUCUGCGCCCCCGCCGUCGACGUUGCGCAUGAGCUCAAAAUCCCCUGCUACUAUUUCUUCACUUCCGGCGCCUGUUUCCUCAACUUCUUCCUCUACACCCCAACUCUUCACGACAAGUUUGACAAAAGCAUUAAAGACUUCGAUGCCCCCAUCGAUGUCCCCGGCACACCGUCAAUACCGCCCUCCUAUGUUUGCAAACCAUUGCAAGAUCGCUACGACGAGGCCUACAAGGGCUUCUUGGAUUCAUCUCUGAAGAUGCAGAAUUCGACCGGGAUCAUAGUCAACACCUUCGAGAAGCUCGAGCCAAGAGCUAUACGAGCCAUCGUGGACGGCGAAUGUGUGCCCAACGGGUCCACUCCGGCACUUUAUUGCAUCGGACCACUGACCUCUAGCAGGGGACACGACGAUGGCAGAUCGCCAGAGUCUCUGACGUGGCUGGACUCGCAGCCUAGAGGGAGCGUUGUGUUCCUGUGUUUCGGGAGCUUGGGCGUGUUCACGGUGGAACAACUGAAGGAAAUAGCGUUGGGGCUGGAGAGGAGCGGUCACCGGUUCUUGUGGGUGGUCCGUGACCCGACAAAUGACAAGAACCAAAAGGCCGCUACGUCGUCGACGGUGGCCGACCUGGACUUGGGCUCCCUGCUUCCGGAGGGCUUUUUGGAACGUACCAAAGAGUGGGGGCUCGUGGUCAAGAAAUGGGCCCCGCAGGUGGCGGUGUUGACCCACCCCUCGGUGGGCGGGUUCGUGACUCACUGCGGGUGGAACUCGGUGCUUGAGGCUGUGCGCACGGGCGUGCCGAUGCUGGCGUGGCCACUGUACGCGGAGCAGGGGCACAACAAGGUGGUGCUAGUGCAGGAGAUGAAAAUCGCCCUGCCGGUGGACGAGUCAGAGGACGGGCUGGUGAGUUCGGAGGAAGUGGAGAAGCGAGUCGGAGAGUUGAUGGAGAGGGAGGAGGGCGAGACCGUGAGAGAGCGAGUGCUUGCCAUGAAGGAAGAAGCUGAGGCUGCGCUGAGCCCCGGUGGGUCAUCUCGGUUGGCGUUGGCCAAACUCAUUGAAUCGUGGAAGCGCGAGUUAAAUACGCUGGACUUUGUAGUUCGUCGUCCGUCAUCGUUCGUCUUUUGAUGAGUCUUUCUUUCUAGUCGUCCUUUAGGUUUCGCAGCAUAUGAUGGCGGCGAAUUGACGUGCCACGAGCAAGGUCGCACGUGCUUGAUCAAUUUUUCUUUUUCUCUCAAUGUCAAUCUGAAUGACGUGCAAUGGUGGAAUAUCAUCUUGGAGAUUGUGCUUUGAUUCUCCCCCGUACAAAUAAAAUCCUUUCUUUCA